AUGAAGCCCAGAUCUCGCGGACUGUGGACGCGGUACAAGCCCAUGGUACGCCAACUGGGCCGGCAAAUAGGCUUCUGUUUACUUAGAAGAAAGCUGAUAAUAUUCAUUUUUGCGUUGCUUGUUACUCUGUCGUUUUUCAACCGGUUACCGGGCGUUCCACACGUGGUGAUUGGCGGGUCAAAGUAUGUCGUGGUGCUGGGGGCUAAUAAAGGCGGCGGAGUGCAGCAGUGGAAAGGAGCCAAGGAAUGGGACUUGGAACGCACAUCAAUCGCCAACAAGAAAGAUUACGUCUCUCGCCAUGGCUAUCAUCUGGCCAUUAAAGACAUGAUUGCCAAACGACGGUACGCUCACGAAUGGAGAGAGUCCUGGCAAAAAGUAGACCUCAUUCGCCAGAGUAUGCGUCAGUUCCCUCGAGCAGAGUGGUUCUGGUGGCUUGAUUUGGAGUCGUAUAUCAUGGAGCCUCAAAAAAGCCUCGAUUCGUUGCUGUUCAACCACCUGGACAGACUGGAACGAAACUUGACGUACUACAACCCAACAAACAUGGAAAUCGACGUGCCGUUUGUCGACAAUACGCAGCCGAUCGACAUGAUCAUUACCCAAGACUGUGGCGGCUUCUCUUUGGGCUCUUUCUUUAUCCGUAGAUCGGAGUGGUCUGAGAUGCUCCUGGACGUUUGGUGGGACCCGGUUAUGUACGAACAAAAGCACAUGGAAUGGGUCCAUGGCGAGCAGGCUGCUCUGGAGCACCUCUACAAAAAUCAUGCAUGGAUAAGAAGCCGUAUUGCAUUCGCUCCGUUGCGUCAGUUCAACGCGUUUCCGCCGGGCGCCUGUGCUGAGCGGGCCGACGAUCCACGGUUCUUUUACAGUCGCAAGGACCGCGAUUUUCUCGUCAACAUGGCCGGGUGCCAGUUCGGACGCGACUGCUGGCAGGAAAUCGAAGACUACAAGGCGUUAUCGAUGGCGUCUCACAAAAAACGCUUUCUCUUUUUUUAA